CCUGCUCACACCGGAAGCCUGAAGGACGCUGCACCGAGAGGAAGGCUCCGUGUACCGGUAGUGUGCUGACCCACUGCACGCCUCCCUAAAAUGUCACUGCCGUUCUAUAGUACUUAAUGACGUGACGUUUGUUAGCUGAGCUACAGUGUCCUGCAGAGCAGCAGUCCGCCACCAGAGGGCAGUCGCGCUACACGAAACAACCAGUGUAUCCACUAUUACUAUAUUUUUAGAGCUAUGGAAGCAGAAUAUAUCAAGAACCUGCAACAGCAGAUAUACUUCCUGGAACUUGAGGCUAACUUCCUUCGUGAGCAGACUAAAAAGGCUGCAGAUCUUCAGCCCCAGCUCACCCUGGAAGCAGAUCAUCUGCUCAGGAAGCUUCUGGAUCUCCGUUCAGAAUGUGAGGGUCUCAAACUGGAAGUGAAGCGCAAAGAUGCCCAUAUGCUUAUGUUACAGCGAGAUCAAGAAUCUUUCAGAGGACAGAUCAGAGAAGCUGAAGAUUCCCAUUCCAAAGAAAAGCAGCAUUUGAUUGAGGAUGUAGUUCAGCUGAAGAAAGGGAAGGAGCUCACUGACCGACGGAUCUCUCAGAAGGAGAUGGAGAUACUUCUCAACAAGCAGGAGUUAGAACGUGAGAUGGUCAUUGUAUCCAACAGUGGCCAGAGGAUAACUGCACUUCAGACACAGCUGAAGCAAAGAAUGGAGCAACAAAAAGAGAUGGAAAAUCAACUGUCACAGAAGAGAAUGGAGCUGCUGAAAGUGACUUCAGCCAGGCAUGAAAUGGAGGAAAAGCUGAUCAAACACACAGCGGUGACUCAGAAUCAGCUUACACCUGACUUAAGGAAUGAAAUAAGUUUCCUCCAUCAACAAAUUCGGGAGAAAGAUCUGCUGUCUGAACAGGAGCGAGUCCUGAGGCAGAAAAUGAUGAGCGACUGUGCAGAGCUGACCAAUGAGAACAAUGCAUUGCAAACCCAACUACUGGAACUUACCAAACAGCUGGAAAUACAGAAAGCACUUAAAGAAGACAACUAUACCCACAGCUCUACUAACGUUGCUCAACUUCUACAUGUCAAGGACAAAGAAGAGCAACUUAUCAAGCAGGUACAACUGCAGCAAGUUCUUCUCAAGAAGGAGAAGGAGCAUUUCAAGGAUUUGAUGGGACAGUCACCAUGUUUUGAUGCUUCUUGA